AUGCCCCUUGUAGUGAAGCUCAAGGAGUGUGAUGUCACUCGAUGGUCAGAGCAUCUCCGGAGUGCCUUUGUGGCCAGCAAGCUUUUCGAGGAUGAAGAGGCAGCUUCCUCUGCACAGCAAGGUUACCUGCUUUGUGGGCCGCUCCCCGCGUCGUCGCGGGGCCCUGAGCCGCCCGCCCGCUUCCUCCGCGCCCCCUCCCCACCUCCCCCGCCGCCCGCUCCUCCUCCUCGGCCCCGCCCCGCGCGCCGGCAGCCCCCGAUCCCCGGAGCCGGCGAGAGAGGGGGCGAGGGAAGCCAUUCAAAGGGCGGCGCGGCUGGGGCGGCCGGCGGGCGCGGCGCGGGGAUGGACGCCGAGUACCCUGCUUUCGAGCCCCCGCUCUGCAGCGAGCUCAAGCACCUGUGCAAGCGGCUCCAGGAGGCGUACCGGGAGCUGAAGGAGGACCUCACGCCGUUCAGGGAUGAUCGCUACUACAGGCUGGCACCCAUGCGGCUCUACACGCUGUCCAAGCGCCACUUCGUCCUCGUGUUCGUCGUCUUCUUCGUCUGUUUCGGCCUGACCGUCUUCAUUGGGAUCAAAGGGCCCAAAGUGAUCCAGACGUCUGCAGCUAACUUUUCACUGAAUAAUGGCAAAAAGCUAAGGCCAAUUCACCUCAUCUCGAACCCACUGUCCAUGUACAACCAGCAGCUGUGGCUGACGUGCGUCGUAGAGUUGGAGCAGUCGAAAGAAACGUCGAUCCAGACGAGCUUCCCCAUGACUGUCAAAGUGGACGGCGUAGCCCAGGACGGCACCACCAUGUUCAUCCACAGCAAAGUGCACAACCGGACCCGGACGCUCACGUGUGCAGGGAAAUGCGCUGAGAUCAUCGUGGCCCACCUUGGCUACCUGAACUACACACAGUACACGGUGAUCGUGGGCUUCGAGAACCUGAAGCUGCCCAUCAAGGAGAUGAACUUCACGUGGAAGACGUACGACCCUGCGUUUUCUCAGUGGGAGAUCUGCUUCCGGUUCAUCUUUGUGGUGCUCACCUUCGUCGCCACCUGCCUGUUUGCCCACUCGCUCCGCAAGUUCUCCAUGCGGGACUGGGGCAUCGAGCAGAAGUGGAUGUCCAUCCUCCUGCCUCUGCUGCUGCUUUACAACGACCCCUUCUUCCCCCUCUCCUUCCUGGUGAACAGCUGGUUCCCGGGCAUGCUGGACGACCUCUUCCAGUCCGUGUUCCUGUGCGCCUUGCUGCUCUUCUGGCUGUGCGUGUACCACGGCAUUCGCGUCCAGGGAGAAAGGAGGUGUUUGACCUUCUAUUUGCCUAAAUUCUUCAUUGUCGGGCUGUUGUGGUUGGCGUCUGUGACCCUAGGAAUAUGGCAGACAGUGAAUGAGUUACACGAUCCAAUGUACCAGUAUCGAGUCGACACAGGAAAUUUUCAGGGCAUGAAGGUCUUCUUCAUGGUGGUGGCGGCGGCCUAUGUCCUGUACCUGCUGUUCUUGGUGGUGCGGGCCUGCUCCGAGCUCCGUCACAUGCCUUACGUAGAUCUCAGGUUAAAAUUUUUGACUGCGUUGACUUUUGUCGUGCUUGUCAUCAGCAUCGUCAUCCUUUACUUGCGGUUCGGAGCGCAGGUGUUACAAGACAACUUUGUGGCCGAGCUGUCAGCCCACUAUCAGAACUCAGCUGAAUUCUUGUCUUUCUACGGCUUGCUGAACUUUUACCUCUACACUCUGGCCUUCGUGUAUUCCCCAUCAAAGAACGCUGUGUACGAGUCCCAGCUGAAGGACAACCCUGCCUUCUCCAUGUUGAAUGACUCGGAUGACGACGUCAUCUACGGGAGUGACUACGAAGAGAUGCCCCUGCAGAACGGCCAGGCCAUCCGGGCCCAGUACAAGGAAGGCUCCGACAGUGACUAGGGCCGCUGGGGCCUGGUCUCCUCCCGCGGAGGCCGCCUCCGGGCCCGCUGCACCUGCCGUAGUCAGACUCGUCUUAUGGCAGAGACUCUUGCUUGUUUACAUACCUUUGAAAGGAAAACCAAACCCGAGGUCAAAUUUAAACGUUGGGCCAACACAUUAACUUUCAUUUGGGAAUACUUUUCGUUUGCAAACAGAUGUCCCCAGGAGUGCAGCCAAAUCUAGCUUCAGAUUUCAGGAAGCGAGAGCUUGUUUCCAGUGGCGAGGAGGAAGUCACUUCUGCUUUUGUUAGAGACAAUUAUGGUUUCUUUUUUGUUUCUAGAACUUUACAGAUGUCAAAUUCACGAGAGCCCGGGCCGUAGUGCCGGCGUGUCAGCAUCCCGCUCCCCUCACCCUCCUGCCCUGCCGCCCUCAUGCAGACCCCUUUAAGGGAAGCCUACUUCAGGGCGCCUGACCAGGACAGCCCUCCCCUCGGAGCCUGGCGACCCCUGCCGCGUCCAGUGGGGAAGGGUGACUCAUCCUCCGGCUGUUGCAGCAUUGAGGAGGGUGAGAAGUUUCCUAAGGAAAGGGGAAGGUAGCUGAGAGCGCACACCAGCUCCGAGGCCCGUGUGCACGCGACCAUGAGGGCUGUGCACGUCAGACGUGAGUGGAAGGCCCCGUCUGGGGCUGGAGAGGAGGGCGGCCAUCACAUAUACUGCAAAAUACAUAGUUUUUGCAAUUCUGUGAAAAAGAUGACACCCCGUAGAGCUUUAUAUUUUUUUAAAAUAGAAGCUAAACAAAUGAUUAAAAUAUUAGUGCCGGAAAGGUUUUCAGUUUCACAUUUGCAAAGCAGGUGAAAGAAGGAACCUUUGACACGGCCACAGAAGCCCAUCUCCGUGGAGGGCAAAGUGGGGACCGCCCAGCCCCCACGGGGCGAGCAGACCGUCCCCCGGGCCCGGAGACGCUGGCCUGUCAGUUGAGGGUGGGUCUAGAAGGUGCUGCAGCCCUCCCUCCGCUUUCCCGCCCGCGUUCACGGUGCUGCCUCGCGGACCGUCCACAGCCGAGCAUCGCAGAUGUCCCGACUGCCGUCCGCUGGCAGCGCCGGGGUCGGGGCUCGGCCCCGCCACCGCGCCUCACCCGGCUAGGCAGCGCCGAGCGGCACGGAGCCCCUCGUGCUGGGUGUCAGGUUGGUGGCCGGCUCGCUAUCACUUUGUAUCUUUUUAAUUUAAACUUUGAUGAUCUCUUUAAUAUGGAUUCCAUUUAUAUUUGUUUUUAAAAACCUUGUAAAUAUGAAUGUCUGAAUGAAAACAGCCAUCAUUGCAAGGAUAAUUCAAGUUUACAUGGUUUUUACCUUUGCGACGGCGUGAUCACUUUUUUGAUUCUGUGUACUCAGAGGUAUUGAGAACAUCUUCUGUUAACAAAUUUUACGACUUCUAUUAAGAGUAACUCCUGAUUAACUUAUUCUAGUAUGUGAUAGUUUGUAAGAUUUAAACACUAUAAAUUAACCGUCCAUGACUUGGAAUGCUGUUAUUUAUCAACAAGUGUAAAAUACGUGAGGCACUUAGCUGUACACACUGAACUUAAACUUGUCUUCGUCUUGUAGUGCGCUCAAACGGCGACUGAUACCUUCGUACGCUGCCUUCACGGCGCCCGGCCAGCGAGCUGGAGUAUGAAGUCAGUUUUUGUAACUAAGUUGGAAACGAGAAAUAUUAGAAAAGUACUAAAGGGGGAAAGAGUUCCUUAUUAAAUUAUGCAUUUUCACCUUCUCUGGUCUGUUAUGUGUCUCAACAUGUUAUAUAUUCCAUGUAAAAAUUUGCUUAGAGUACACAGCAUUUAGCAUGUAUUACAUGUGCCAUAGGUAUUAGGUUCAAACAGUGGUCUGAACAGUAGCAAGAAAUUUGUUUUUCUUCUUCAUUGGCUAUGUUUUGCAAACUUAAAUGAUAAAUUCAAAGGGCUGACUUUAGUUUUCACGGUAAUGGCUUGAAUAACAUCAUCUUUGGGAUAAUUUUUUAACACUGGUCCUGUCUAGGGUCACCUGCAAGAUGACCAGAGAUAUCAACAGUUUCCCUAGGGAGAGCUCCAUUAUCCAUGCGGAUAAUAGGUCUGCUUGAUUUAUUAUUAAAUCAUUACAGCAGUGAGGUAACGCUGCCUUCUCUCUCUCAAGCCCCGUUAGAAAGGCUGGAGGAGAGGUAUACAAUAUAUCCAAGGUCUGUUAAGGUUACUGUAUAUAAUUACAGGUUGCAAUAAAAGUUUAGCUAUAUUAUGUAAACCCAACCCCUGACAAGCAGGUACCAGACGGAUGUCACCAGCCUCAAGUAUUUCACUGAUGCACUGGAGGUCAUGGUGUUAAAUGGUUAUGAUGUGUGUGGGACCUGCUUCCUGGGUCUGUCCACAGGGAAAACCCAACAGCUGAUGAACAGGGACAUCCAGUGAUGACUAGACAAACACAACGGGAUGUAUUUUGAGGGUUUUAGAAACCAGUUGCCUUAGAGGUGAGACUUUUUGGGAAAAUGAUGGAACUUCCCGCCCCCCCUCCCCCAGGCCAAAGGAAAAUUGAUUUAGUCUGUGAUGUUAUAUUGGUUUGACGUUUUAAAUAUACUACUGGUAACUAUACCAUACUAUGAAACACACAUGGAUUCUCUGCUACUGAAAACUGCCUUUUUACAAAAAGACUGUAAAUAUUUGUAAAGCAAAACCACCAAGCUUGUCGGCGCGAGAGAGCAUUCUGUAUAGGAUCAAGGGGCUGAGCCCCGCAUGGGACGGCCACAGAGCGACCCCUGUAAUCCAAGUGAAUAAAUGUUUGUUUAUGGCAAACUCA